AUGGAGUGGACAUCUAUUAGAAGAUUUAGGUUUAUCCUUGCCUCUGAUUCCUAUGAAGCACGCUUAUAUCGUUUCGGAACCUAUGGGUGCGCAAGGAUUACCAAAUAUAAGAGAUCAUGAUGCGUCAGUUUACUUCCGGAUUCAAGGAGAGAGCAUUUGUAUGGGAGGAUAUGAAACCGAUCCUAUACUUCUUGGAAAGGUGCCACCAGACUUUUCAUUUGGAUUAUACGAACUGGAUUGGUCUGUUUUUGAAGCACACACUUCUUGGGCCGGCAAGAUUUGCCCCGCUUUCGACCAAGCUGGGAUAAAGUCAACAGUUUGUGGACCAGAAUCUUUCACACCGGAUCAUAAACCCAUUAUGGGGCCCGAUCCUAGAUUACAUGGUUUAUUUCAUAACUGUGGAUAUAAUUCCGCCGGCAUGAUGUUGGGAGCAGGCUGCGCCAAACAAAUGGCGAAAUGGAUAAUAAAUGGAAGGCCAGAUUUCGACAUGUUUGCUUACGACAUACGACGAUUUUCACCCAAACAGAUGAAUGAUACGAAAUGGGCCACUGAGAAAAGUCACGAAAGCUAUGUGAAAAAUUACAGCAUAGUUUUCCCACAUGACGAAUCUUUAGCUGGGCGUAAUUUACAUCUAGACCCACUACAUGAUGAAAUGUUGGCAUAUCACGCAGUUAUGGAAGAGAGACAUGGUUGGGAACGUCCAGGUUACUUCAUUGCUUCCGAAGCAAUGGCGUGUCGAAAGCAGGCAGCUUUGUUCAAUAUGAGCUAUUGCAAACUAUAUUUAACAGGACCUGAUGCCCAGCAAGCCAGUGACUACAUAUUUACUGCAAACACAAACAAACCUACAACAAGUCAAACGGUAUACACAUGUGCAUUAAAUCAGAAUGGUGGCGUAGAAGCAGAUGUAACUAUAUCGGCCAUAGAUCCUGGAGUCGGAAAUAUCACAGAUCCAAUAUUCAAGGGUCGAGGAUUCUAUAUAGUUGCUGGAGGCGCAUCGGCUUAUCACACUUAUGUUCACAUAAAGUCAAUUCUAAGAGAAAAAAAUUUCAAGUGCCACAUUAGAGAUGUCACUGAUCAAAUGGGAGUUUUAUCGAUACAAGGGCCUAAUAGCCGUGAAAUACUAAAACAGAUGACAAAUGCAAACCUGAGUGAUGAGGCGCUUCCACCAAAUUCAACAACAUGCUCACGAUUUAAAUCUUAUGUAUGUCGUGCACUUCGUGUAAGUUUUGUGGGAGAGCUAGGCUAUGAAUUGCAUAUGCGAAAUGAAGACUGCGUGCCAAUUUUUCGAGCUUUGAUGGAUGUUGGAAAAUCUAAAGGACUUAGAAAUGCAGGAUACAGAGCCUUAUACUCAUUAAGUAGUGAAAAGGGGUACCAUUUAUGGCAUUCUGACCUGCGGCCUGAUGAUACGCCAAUAGAAGCAGGAUUGGCAUUUACAUGCCGAAAGACUGGAGACUACAUCGGAAAAGCAGCCAUUGACGAACAACGCAAAAAUGGCAUCAGGCGAAAAUUGGCUUUUUUCACUAUGGAUGCUCAAGUGCCAAUAUGGGGCUUAGAAGGCGUUUGGCGAAACGGUGAAAUCGUCGGUCAUCUUCGACGCGGCGAAUAUGGUUACACAUUACGCAAACCAAUUGGCCAAGCUUACAUUUCUCGUCCUGAUGGAGGCGUUAUUGACGCAGAUUUUCUCAAAACUGGAAAAUAUCAAGUAGAAGUAAUGGGAAAACUAUAUGACGCUAAUUGUCAUUUAAGAAGCCCGUUCGAUCCAAAAGGUAAAAGGGUCAAUGGCGAUUACAGUGAUCAACAUAAUGUUGAAGAAAUUUAAACAAA